AUGAUCAAAAAAUCUUCUUCGCCGUCGUCGUCGUCGCCGCCCUCAUCAUCUUCAUCCUCCGCGUCUUCGCUGGGCAUUGCCGGCUCUGCCAAGCCCCCGCAAUGCCAGCCGGUGAUCAUCUACACUCACUCGCCAAAAAUCAUCCACACAAAUCCUAAGGAUUUUAUGGCAUUGGUGCAAAAACUAACGGGUUUAUCACGGUCCGAGGACGAUCCCAUCCCUCAAGUAAAGCACGAGAACGGUAACAGGGUACUGGCCAAGGAGGAAAGUAAGAACGUGAAGAUUGUUGGUAACGAUGACAAUGAAUCUUCUUCAGCGAUUACUGAUGAGAAUUGUGGGAGCAUAGGUGAUGGACAAGUUAAUUCUUGUUUUAUGCCACCUAUUUUCCAGCCACUAAAUCCUAAUUACAUAACAAAUAUUCCAAUUUUUACACCUAAUUCUGCGGAGUUUCUACGUGCAAAUCAAUCGUUUUAUAACUAUACUGAUCCUUUAUUUUUUCCUUCUCCAAAUAUGAGGAAUUCCAUCUCAACAACCUCUGCCUUGGAGGUGAAGAAUGAGUUCUGCGGGUAUUAA